UUAUCUGCAUUAGUGGCAGAAAGAGGGUGAUCCACUCUACGCAAUGAUAUAGUUUAUUCUACGUAGAGUCACCGAUACAGUAGCAGACAUCAUUCUUGUCACAGAUACGGAGACUUGACGAAGUGCGCAUGGCGCAGCAAACAGUUCAUGGUGAUAGGAGAGGAGAACUCCUGAAAAAAUCUUUUCUUGGCAACUAUUGUUAAUAUCUGUAAACGAUCCAGAAGGCUUCGGCCCAUACACGUAACACUUUUUAUCAGCUGCAAAUCACAGCUGCAACAAGACAAUGGAGGUUUCCCCGGGACUACUGCCUUCAAUCACAGUCCGCGGCGAUGCUACUACAUUGCAGCGGCCAGGGCGUGUCCUUAAACCCAGAACAAAGAUCAGACUAGUCCAGCAGACUGGCAGCCGUAGCAACGCCAACGAGCUCAGCACAGAGGUCAAAGAGCUCUCCAAGCUGGUCCAAGACCUCCUGCAACGAGUUGCGGAGAAGGAGUAGCGUCUUGAGGCCUGCUCCCAGAAAAUUGAGGCCCUAGAGAGGGCUCUCGAAGAAGAAAAACAGGCCUCGGCCGGACUUGCAAGCUCUAUGCAUGCC